GGACCGGUAAAAUUCCAAGAUGGCGGCGGCCGUACGGGUGUGCUGUGCCCUCCGUACAUCACUAGGAGGGGUGACGUCCCUCCGGGUGAUCGGUGGUACCCUUCAGCUUUCUCACCUUUCAAGACCAAACCCCUCGCACUGGUCAUGCGCAGCGCCUGCUGUGAUUUCAUGGCAGCAGACCAGACAUCGUAGCUUCUUCAAUAAGUUGACGGCGGAGGAGCUGUGGCGGGGUGUUGUGGCCGAGACAGGAGCUGGAGCCAGGAAGGGCCGAGGGAAGAGAGCCAAGCGCAAGCUCAAGAAGGACCUGAACCGUGGCCAGAUCAUCGGAGAAGGUCGAGGGGGCUUCCUGUGGCCCGGGCUGAACGCGCCGGUGGUGAAGGCGGGCGCGGUGCAGCCGAUGGGCCGGCGGGGGGAGGCGGAGCAGCAGGAGAUGCGGGCGGACAUGGAGCGCCAGCGGGACGAGUGGGACCGGCGCCGCAAGAUGAGGGUCAAGAGGGAGCGCGGCUGGACCGGCAGCUCCUGGGGAGGCAUCAGCCUCGGGGCGCCGGACCCUGGCCCCAACGGAGAAACGUAUGAGGGCUUUGACUCGCGUGUGAUUGAGGUGAAGAGUGUGUUUAAUAUGACUGCCAAGGAGGGUAGGAAGAGGUCCAUCAGCUGCCUUGUCGCCGUGGGCAACGGGAACGGAGCUGCAGGGUUUGCCUUGGGGAAAGCAGCCGACCGACAGACAGCUUUGAGAAAAGCUAAGAACAGAGCCUUGCAUUACCUGUACUACAUCGAGAGAUACAACGACCACACCAUUUACCAUGACAUUGACGCAAAAUUCAAAAAGACCACGCUGCGCAUGCAGAAACAGAACAAAGGUUACGGUCUGCAUUGCCACAGAGCAGUCAUCACCUUGUGUAAGCUGAUUGGCAUCCAGGACAUGUAUGCUAAAGUUGAGGGCUCAGUCAAUCUCCUGAACAUCACAAGAGCGCUCUUCACCGGCCUCUCUAGUCAGGAGACACACCAGACCCUGGCGGACAGGAAGCAGUUGCAUGUGGUGAAGUUCCAGCCCGAGCGUGGCCCCUUGCCCAUAGUCGUUGCCCGACCAGAGAAAGGUGCCCGUGAGGAGCCGGAGCAAGAGGACGAGGUGCCCAACACGCGCCUGAACUGGAAGGAUGUCCAGGCAGCCCAGGGCAUGAAGACCUCCGUAUGGUCCGGCGUGAAAAGGACCAUCUGGUGAAGACGCCCAACCAUUGUGGCAGUCGGAGCGCACCUUUCAACCACCUGCCAUAGUCUGCCUGCCCGUGUUUAUACUGUAUGUUGCCGUCCAAGACUGGCCAUUGCUGAGAUGAAUGUGACUUGGACUGGGGACUAAAUUGACAGACACAUGGAUGGUUUCUUGGUGGCAUAUGUCUUCUGUCAGCUGUAGAUAUGAUGCAGUUCUGGUUGGGUUUGGGGAACAGGAGACGUGUCUGCAAGUGUAUCUACUCUGUCAUGUUGUCACAAUUACACGACCGGCGAUUAAAGUUUUAAGCCGCCAGGCUUAGUUGGCACUUCU